AAUAAUAACAUUAAUGUGUCGACUUCCACUACACACUCCUUUUCAUUGAUAUCUUUUUUUUUAUGAAUGAACCACGGAGCUGGAAAUGGGACGGCGAAGUGGACGCUCUGCGAUUGGCUGUCAUUGGUUGACGUCACCUCCGCCGUUACGCCAUGCACCCAUUCAUAAAACGGGGGGAGUAAAAAAAGAGAGAGUGAAAAACAAUCGUAAGAAGAAAUUCUCAGAGAGAGAAGACAGAGGAGGGAGAAACUGUUCUAAUAACGUCUGUAAGAAUGCUGCGCUGUUAGCGCUGAUUUUGGAGCCGCCCUAGCGUUACUUCCAAGCCCCCACACGGUGAGCCAUGGAGGAGCUGUGUCAGAUGGAGUGCACCGUGCUCAAGCGGCUCCUGAAGGACGACGGCGCCAAGUGUCUGCUGCUCGACUGCCGCUCCUUCCUCGCAUUCAGCGCCGGCCAUAUCCGCGGCGCCGUCAACGCCCGCUGUAACACAAUCGUCCGCCGUAGAGCCAAGGGCUCCGUGCUGAGCCUGGACCAGAUCCUGGCCGGGGACGAGGAGGAGGUCCGGGGCCGCCUCCGCUCCGGGAUGUACUCCGCCGUGGUGCUGUACGACGAGAGGACACCGGACCCUGAAGCCGUGAGAGAGGACAGUACCGUCCGGCUGGUGCUGAGCGCGCUGUGCAGAGACUCCACCGGAAGUCAUGUUUACCUGCUGAAAGGGGGUUACGACAGAUUCUUCACAGAAUACCCUGAGUUCUGUUUAAGGACCAAAUCGUUACCGUCCUUCACCAGUCAGUCCAGCAUCGACUCAACUUGUUCGUCCUGUGGGACGCCACACCGUGACCAAGGCGGCCCCGUGGAGAUUCUCCCCUUCCUGUAUCUGGGCAGCGCUCUCCACGCCUCCAAGAAGGAGGUCCUGGACGACAUGGGGAUCUCAGCGUUGCUGAAUGUGUCGUCUGACUGUCCCAAUCACUUUGAGGGAACAUACCAGUACAAAUGCAUCCCCGUGGAGGACAACCAUAAAGAGGACAUCAGCUGCUGGUUCCUGGAGGCCAUAGAGUUCAUAGACUCGGUACGAGACUCCAGUGGACGAGUGUUGGUCCACUGUCAGGCCGGUAUUUCCCGCUCUGCUACCAUCUGCCUGGCCUACCUCAUGAAGAGAAAACGCGUGCGCCUUGAUGAAGCCUUUGAAUUUGUUCGCCGGCGCCGCAGCAUUAUAUCCCCCAAUUUCAGCUUUAUGGGGCAGUUGUUGCAGUUUGAGUCCCAGCUUCUCGCAACAUCUUGUGCUGCUGAGGCCGCGGCCACUGCUAGCCCGCUGCUCGGACCCAAGUCGUCAACGACUGUUGCCGCUGCCUCGGUGACAACCACGCCCACCUCUCCAUUCAUUUUUAACUUCCCUGUGUCUGUGGUCAACCCGGUGUACCUGCACCACAGCCCACUCACGACCUCUCCAGGCUGCUGAUGGACAGUUGACGAUUACCCCAAACAAAAUCUGAGCACAGACUGAGCGUCAAACAAGCUCAGAGUCUUUACUGACCCUGGCGGUUUCUAUGUGCUUCCAGAACAGGUGGUGAGAAAUGACUUGGUGCCUGAUUCUAAACUAUAGACCAUAGAUAAGAAAUGGAUGCAGCUGUUUACUUCCUGAAGUCAGCCCAGCUUCAAAGCCCAUACGUAGAUAAACCUGAAGCUAGGCUUGGAUUAUUCAACGGUAAUUCACACAAUUGUCCAUCUUUCUUCAUCUUCAUAAAAAGACAUAAUGAGUGGCGUUGGAGACCACAGACUCCUCAGGAAAAGUCAGUCUUUGCGUUGUUUUAUAGACGUCACUUCUAAGUCUUCUAUAUGAUGCAGCUGCCGCAGUUUUACAGGCUGACAUUUUUUUCACCAAGAAAAGAGACAGAUGUGCAUACAGCAGCUACUACUUUGUAGCAUCACAUUAGCUUUCAACCUGACAAUACUUUCUUUUCUUUUUUUUCUUAGCUUUAUCCUGAGUUUUUGGCCCAUUUUUUUAUUAACCAAAUUGUCUAAGUUCAUCUUUGUUUAUUUUCUCUUUGGCUCAGUUUCUUUUUCUCUUUUUUUAUUCAAGAUUUUAUCACUCUACUGUUGUUUCUGUGAAUGUUUUUCAGAACUCAGAUUUUGAGCUUCAUCUGCUGUUUAUUUGCUACUUAAGCUAAAUACCAUCUUAAAAAAUUCUGAACACAGCGCCACCUUGUCUACAAACUUUAGACUCCAAACUGCUGGUCUUGGAGUUGACUUUUACAAUCACACCACUACGUUCAUUUCUUAUCAGUGAUCAAUUCUCAAAACAAAGAAACAAACAAACUGAAACAAACAAACAUAACUUUUAAACAAAUGUGGAGAAACCAGCCAGCAAUCCUUCCAUUUUUCUGAUUUUUCUCUACACUGACCAAAAAUGAACUGGUUUUAAUGAAAGUUCCCGUGAAAAAAAGCUUUGGACAUUUUGAACUUUGACUGGAGACGAGUUCUCUUGCAUAUAAACAGUGAGACACGAAGAGGCACAAAUACACACACAUACAGAUUUACUCACACAUUCAUGACUAUGUGAAUGAGCUCAGUAUGAAGGCUGGGUGUGUUGCUAUGGAGACAACAGGUCCUUUAGCAGAGGAGAUGGACACAGGAAGGGAGGAAGGAAGGAGGAAUUUUAAGCACCUUCUCCAUCUCCUCUCUGAGAUUCAGUCCCUGCUGCAGCCAGACUGGGAAAAAAGUGGGGGGUCUGAGGGGUGGGGGUGGGGUGUGUGGAUAGAAAACAGGAGAGCUCCGACAUUGGCAGGUGCUCCUGUGACGACAAAUCUGUCUGGAGCUUCCUGUCCUUCCUACCUCCUUCAUCUUUCUUUCAUCCCUUUAUCCUCCUCGUCUCUUUAAUCGAGAGGAGAUCAUUCAAUCUAGACGCCAAAUAAAGACACGAUGGCCCUAAAAAUGGAGCAGGAAACCCCUGUGUUUACAAUAGUCCAGUCAGUCCUUGUCACCUCCUGGUAUAAGGUAUAACAGAAAUGAUUCAAUUUUUUUUUUUAAUUGUCUAUUCAGAUUUUAAGAACAAAAUAAUACAUAACUCCACAGAAUCUGCUUUCAAUAAAUGAGAUGAAAGACAGGAGCGGAAUAUGUUCAAUAAAAUUAAAUCAGUUAAACUAGGAGCUGAGAGUCAAACAUUCAGACUUUUUUUUAGAAUUAUUAAUAAUAUUUUUAUCUUUCAGACUCAAAUGUUUUCAAAAAUCAGACAAAUGUUUCCUUCAAUCUUGUAAAGAAAACAUUGUAUUUAAAGUUUUUAAAUGCAAUAACAAAAUUUUGAGAAAAAAAUAAAACAGCAAUUUAAUACUGAGAUGACCCUGAGUGGAAAUAUAUUUAAAAAAUGUUUUAACACUCUGAGAACUUAAGGUUAAAAUGGAAGAUAAGAGUUAAAAUGUAAAAGUUGGAGUUUUAAACAUAUGAUUUGGUACUGGGGUUGAAAAUCUAAAGGUUGGGUUCCAUAUUAGGUUUGUCAAACAAAAUAAAAAAAACAAUAUAAAUGACUGAUUUAAAGUGUGAAUUCUGAACUAAUUCUCUCAUUUUAAGCUUGAUUUGUGAUGCAAACGUCAAAACAUCUUUUAAUCAUAUUAAUGCCAGAAUUUUAAUACAAGUUUGUCUUUGUUAUUUUCCUAUUUUUUAUUCUAGUGCAAUUGCAUUUUCACAUUCUAACAUACAAAACAAUCAUUUAUCUAUUCUAUAAUUGAUCUAUUGUUUUUAAUUGAAUUUAACUCUUUGCUCUGUUUAUAAAGAUGCCUCUUUAGCAGCAGCAGUGGUCAUAGUAUAGAGUCCUGACACACACAUUGUACACACGCACAUGCACACACACAAACACAAACACACACACAAGGGUAUUUAUUAUUAGGAAAAAACACACACUCUACUUAUUCCUGUUUUAUGAUGAUUUUUGGCACCAAUCUCUGUAGCACUUUGAAGUGAUGCAAUACUGUAGUUGAACUGUAGGUGACGGAGGACGGAACGGACGUCAGUGAAGACAAGAUGGAAAACGCAAUACUUUUGUCCACACGUAUGUGUUUCUGUGUGUGUGUCUGUGUGUGUGUCUGUGUGUGUGUGUGUGUGUGUGUGUGUGUGUGUGUGUGCCCCUCUGCUCACAGUGUGUUUUCACACCAUGGCAAUAUCAAUCCCCACACUUAGACAUUUCUAUAUUUAAAAAAACCCUAAAAAAGUGUUUUCUCUGAAUUUAUUGUGAAUUAAACAAUCUGUGUUUUUAUUUAUUACUGGAGAUCUGCUGUUGAAUAAAUAAUGUUCCACAUGU